UUCUUUCUGUAUUGGUUGUAAUUGUUUGAGAAUUUUCAGAGUUAGAAACAGAGCGCUACUGUCCCUUUCUUCCAUUUUCAGUCACUAACCUAAUCAAAGACUCCAUUUUUAUGUGGUUCUUUGUUAUCCACUCAAUUAUUUCAAGACACAUAAUUUAAUUUCUUAUAAACUGUCUUCUUCUGGAGUACUUUCAAAACUUCUCUGGAUAUAAAGCUCAACCAAGAGUACAAAUUGUUGCUAUAAAUUCAGUUUUCUGUUGUUGGUUGCAAUUGUUAUAUUCAAAAUAAGCAACUUGGUGCUCAGUACUUGAUUCAAAGGCAAAAUCUUGGUGAUUUAGCUACUUGGGUAUUUAAAAGGAUGAUGUCUGUGACUUGCCAUAAUCUUGAGAUUGGGAGAACUCCAUUGGAAUUUUUGGCUUGUGGGUGUUCUUCUAAUAACAAGGUGUUAAGGAAUGUAAGUAGAGGAGGAUUCAAUGCUCGGAAAUUGUUCUUCUGUAGACAAGAAAUUGGUCGCUGUCGUUCGUUUUCAACUAAGGCUUCACUUAGUGGGGUGGCGCCAGUGUUGGAUUUGAAUAAGUCAGCAAAACCUAUUUCACUUACUAAUGUGUUUGAAGUGGUUGCUGAUGACCUCCUUACACUAAACAAAAACUUACAGAAUAUUGUUGGUUCAGAGAAUCCAGUUUUGAUGUCUGCAGCGGAGCAGAUUUUUGGUGCUGGUGGCAAAAGGGUGAGACCUGCUUUGGUGUUCCUAGUGUCAAGGGCCACAGCAGCAAUUUCUGGUUUGAAGGAACUGACCAUAGAACACAGAAGGUUAGCUGAAAUCAUUGAAAUGAUCCAUACUGCAAGCUUGAUACAUGAUGAUGUGUUAGAUGAAAGUGACAUACGAAGAGGAAAGGACACAGUUCACCAAUUAUAUGGUACUAGAGUGGCGGUACUGGCUGGUGAUUUUAUGUUUGCACAGUCGUCAUGGUACCUAGCUAACCUUGAAAACCUUGAAGUCAUAAAGCUCAUUAGUCAGGUUAUUAAAGACUUUGCAAGUGGUGAAAUAAAGCAGGCUUCUAAUCUGUUUGACUGUGAUGUUGAGCUGGAAGAAUAUUUGCUCAAGAGUUACUAUAAAACAGCCUCCCUGAUUGCUGCAAGCACCAAAGGAGCUGCCAUUUUCAGUGGUGUUGACCGUGAUAUUAGCGAACAGAUGUUUCAGUAUGGGAAGAAUCUUGGUUUAUCGUUCCAGGUUGUUGAUGACAUAUUGGACUUUACUCAAUCAGCAGUGCAAUUGGGGAAGCCAGCUGGAAGUGACUUAGCCAAGGGAAACCUUACUGCACCAGUACUUUUUGCAUUAGAGAAAGAGCCAAAACUUAGGAAUAUAAUUGAAUCAGAAUUUCGUGAUGCUGAUUCUCUUGAGGAGGCCAUUAAUCUAGUCAAGACCACCGGGGGAAUUCAGCGAGCACAAGAUUUGGCAAAGGAGAAAGCUGAUUUAGCACUGCAGAGCCUAAAAUGCCUUCCUUCUAGUCCUUUCCGAGCAGCACUUGAGGAAAUUGUGAAGUAUAAUCUGGAGAGAAUUGAAUAGACGAAAGCACAUUAUACACCUUGGCUAUAUCAUUCUAUAGAAGCCCUUAUAUCUAACCAUAUCGGAGAGGCAUUGAAUUGAAGACUCUGUCACUAUAAUUUCAAUAGGACAGCCACCAAGAUUAAAGUGCUUCUCUGUGCUUAUAUACUGAUAUACAGGUUGUAAUUGAGGACUUAAGCUCCUAAUAUAGCAAUACUGCGUCCUAGCAUUCUUUAGAAUUUGUCUAAUAAACUGUCAAAUCCAAUUGUUGUUGUAUACUAAAGAAAUUCCACGUUACAAAUAAUGUCAUGUACAAUUUACUCUUGGUUUU